AUGGGAAGUAUUGAUUACAUUCCUGCCUCUGCCACAAACGGCAAUCAUGCAUACACGGUCGAGGAGAAUGAUCUGGGAUAUUCGCGUCCACUGCGCGUUAUCUGCAUUGGGGCUGGCGCGACCGGAUUAGACCUUGCCUACAAAACGGAAAGGCAUCUCAAGAAUUUCGAUCUCCAGAUCUACGAAAAGAACCCAGAGCUUGGAGGAACAUGGUUUGAGAAUACUUAUCCCGGGUGUGCUUGUGAUAUCCCUGCGCAUAUCUACGAGUAUGAAUGGGCUCCAAACCCCAACUGGUCUCAAUUUUAUGCUUCACAACCAGAGAUUCUUCAGUAUUUCCGUGACACGGCAACGAAGUUUGACCUAGAGAAAUUUAUCAAAUAUGACAGUGAAGUCGUUGAGGCUCGCUGGAAUGAAGAGAAAGGUCAAUGGCUCGUCAAGAUACGCUCUCGAUCGACUGGGGAAACAGUAGAAGACUGGUGUCAUUUCCUGAUCAACGGUGGUGGGUUUUUAAACAACUGGCAGUGGCCGGCAAUUGAAGGUCUACACUCCUUCAAAGGCUCAUUGUUGCAUUCAGCAGCUUGGGACAACAACGUGGACUUGAAAGGAAAGAAAGUUGCCGUGAUUGGAAACGGCUCGUCAGGAAUACAGCUCGUGACCGCAAUACAGCCAGUGGCUGCGCACCUUGCGACAUUUAUUAGGAGUCCUACUUGGAUUUCAACUACAUUGGGCCAAGAUUUCGCCGGCCCUAAUGGAGCCAAUUUUGAUUACACGGAAGCACAAAAGCGCGAAUUUACAGAGCACCCGGAAAAGCUGGUUGCGUAUCGGAAAGCGAUGGAAACAGAUUUGAACGGUGGAUUUGCAUCGGCGCUCCACGAUUCGCCACAGCAAGCCCAGGCGAGAGAAGACUUGACCAAAAUGAUGCGUGCCCGGUUAGGCAAGGACAAUCUUAUCGUAGAUCGCAUUGUUCCUAGUUUUGGUGUGGGAUGCAGGCGACCAACACCAGGCGUCGGCUAUCUCGAAGCGCUAACAGAGAAGAACGUUCGCGUGGUAUUCGAUUCCAUCACAAAAGUAGUCCCGCAAGGUAUCCAGCUCGCAACAGGCGAGAUCAUCGAACUAGACGCAAUUGUCUGCGCCACCGGUUUCAACGUCUCCUGGAAACCGCGCUUCCCCAUCAUCGGCAGAAACAACAUCGACAUGCGCGACCAAUGGAGCUCGCGACCAACAGCGUACCUUUCACUAGCCGUACCAAACUUCCCAAACUACAUCCUCUACAUGGGACCAAACGGACCGCUAUCCCACGGCUCCGCACUCCCGAGCAUCGAGCACAUCACGAAAUACGUCAUCAAGCUCCUUCACAAGGCGCAAACAGAAGGCUACAAAUCCGUCGUGCCAUCUCAAAAGGCACUGGACGACUUUAUUGAACACGCAGACACUUUCUUGACGCGUACAGUCUGGAAUGCAAAGUGUCGAUCCUGGCUGAAAGGAGGGAAGGAAGACGGACCGGCGUUGGUGCACCCUGGCAGCCGACUGCACUGGUUCCACAUGCUCAUGAAUCCACGGUGGGAGGACUUUGAAUGGACUCCGACGAAUCAGAAUAGAUUCGCGUACUUUGGAAACGGGUUUACAAUUAUGGAGACUAAGGGCAAGGAUAAGGCGUGGUACUUUGGGGACCCGGAUCAAGGGUAUGAAUCUAUUAUCAACUGA